AUGGAGGAUGAGAAUGCAGGUGAAUUGGUGACAGCUUUGGAGAUGGAGCUGGAGCUGGACCCCCAUUUGCUGAACUUGGAGAUGGAGCUCCAUUUUCCGGGAAUGGAGAUGGAGAAGUAUAGCAGUAGCAUGCUCUGCUUCUCUCUCUUCUCCCCCCGAGACUUUCUCAGAAGAAAUGGCAGCAGCUGCUGGAGAAAUGUGGGCGUUCUGGAAUGA